GGAGUAAUUGGAGGAGAGUCGAUACGUGGAGUCUGUGGAGAGAGAAAUUUCGCCUUUUAUUUAUUUAUUUCUUCGCCUUCUCGAUUUCAUCUCUCCCCACAAAAUAUUGAGAAAACAGGGAGUAAAAUACAGAACGAGAAAGAGAAGAUUAUCGUCUUCUGCUCAAAAAAGAGUGGAGUUCUGAUCUUCACCAUGUUUCAUAUCAAUUGAUUCUUCAUUUCUCUGUCUCACCCUUUAUUUUUUAUUUUUUAACACACUCUCUCUCUCUAAAGCCUCCUCCUUUCAUCAAUCAGGCCAAUGCGGAGAGUCAGACCUACCGCAGCGGCCAAGGCGGCGCCACCGACUACGGUGGCCGGAGAAGCCAACCGAUCUGGAUCCAGAAACCCCGCCAACGAGAUUAGAUUCCGAGGAGUGAGAAAGAGACCGUGGGGCAGAUUCGCUGCAGAGAUCAGAGACCCUUGGAAGAAAACUAGGGUUUGGCUCGGGACCUUCGAUUCCGCCGAAGACGCCGCUCGAGCCUACGACGCAGCUGCUCGAACCCUCCGCGGACCCAAGGCCAAGACCAACUUCCCUCUCUCUCCGUACGCUGAUAUCCACCAAAACCCUAACGAUCCCUUCAUUGACCACCGGUUUUACCCUCCGAACCACCUUCAGGACCAACAGAUCAUUCCCCAGAGACCCACCUCAAGCAGUUUGAGCAGCACCGUCGAGUCCUUCAGUGGUCCCAAGCCGCCCACGCAGACGGUGGUGCGACACCCUAGGACGCCGCCGGUGCUGGCGGACGAUGGUCGCAGCGAUUGCGACUCAUCGUCUUCGGUCAUCGACGAUGGAGAGGGAGAGAGAGACAUCGCUUCGUCGUCGUUCCGCAAACCCUUGCCUUUUGAUCUCAAUCUUCCUCCUCCUCCUGAUGGGGUUGACUUUGGUUAUGGUGACGAUGAUCUGCAGUGCACGGCUUUAUGUCUCUGAUGAUCGAUCUACCCAAAACUAUUUGAAUCAAUCCCUUACAAUUCUUCGUUCUCUUUUUUUAUGCCGAGGAACAGACAAGAAGGAGAUGAGGAUAGUUGAGGUUAAGUAAGAAAAAGAUCAAUCGUCUUACUUCUUCGAGUUUACUCAGUCUUUUCAUGCUGUUUGAAGAGAAUUUACCUAUUUAUUUCCCUUCUAAUCUCAUGGUUAGAGUGAUUUGGUGUAUGGAUGAUGAUCUUACAUGGGCUUUUAAAUUUAUGAGCUUUACUAAGUUUUUAUGGAACUUGUAUCACAUAUAAACUUAGUGUAUCAGUUCUGAUCUGAAGUGGGUUUUCAUCUCCUCCUGAUCUCUGAUGCCUCUCACCCUUCAUUUCCUGUAAAAAAAUGUUUUUUUAUUUAAUUUAAUGCUACUCAGAAAAAUUAGAAUCCCUAA